UCAUUAGUUUUCAGCAAUUAUAAUAAUUCAAAUAGUAGUUAUAUUUAAACAAAAAGAAAAAUGGGAUCGAAGGCAUUUUGGCUAAUUGUUUUGGCUAUUAUUCUUGUGACAACAUCAAAGGUUGCAGCUAGGAAGUUGGCUCAGAGUUCCAUCACUUCCUUGAAAAAGGGAGAGAGAAGUAAGACAAAUGAUGCCAAAUUUCUCGGAGGAGGGUUUCCCGGAAUCGGAGGACUUCCAACUAUAGGUGGAGGGGUACUUCCCGGAUUCGGAGGACUUCCAAAAAUUGGAGGAGGAGGACAUCCCGGAAUAGGAGGACUUCCAACAAUAGGAGGAGGAGGACUUCCCGGAAUCGGAGGACUCCCUGGAUUUGGAGGACCCUCAGGAAUUAGUGGAGGAGCACUUCCAGGAAUCGGAGGACUCCCUGGAUUGGGAGGACCCUCGGGAAUUAGUGGAGGAGCACUUCCAGGAAUCGGAGGACUUCCAAAAAUAGGAGAAUCUCCAGGAAUAGGAGCACUUCCUAAAAUUGGAGUACCUCCAGGAAUUGGAGGACUUCCCAAAAUCGGAGGACCUUCGGGAAUUGGAGGAGCAGGACUACCAGGAUUAGGAGCACUUCCAAAAAUCGGAGGACCUUCGGGAAUUGGAGGACUUCCAGGAAUAGGAACACUUCCAAAAAUUGGAGGACCUCCUGGAAUUGGAGGACUUCCAGGAAUAGGACCACUUCCAAAAAUUGGAGGACCUCCAGGAAUUGGAGGAGCAGGACUACCAGGAUUAGGAGCACUUCCAAAAAUCGGAGGACUUUCGGGAAUUGGAGGACUUCCAGGAAUAGGAACACUUCCAAAAAUUGGAGGACCUCCAGGAAUUGGAGGACUUCCAGGAAUAGGAGCACUUCCAAAAAUUGAAGGACCUCCAGGAAUUGGAGGACUCCCCAAAAUCGGAGGACCUUCGGGAAUUGGAGGAGGUGGACUUCCAGGAUUUGGACUUCCUGGAAUUGGAGGGAAAGGAGUUUUUAAAACUGAAAGACUUCCUUGAUCUAACUAAUUAAUUAUUAAAGAAUAUCUAUGAAGAAUAUCCAAGGUGGUUAUAUAUAUAUAUAUAUAUAUGAAUAAAUGUAUAUUACAAAAGAUUGUGUUGGAGUGAUAACUAAUUUUUUAUUUUUAAUUAAAUGUUUCAGACCUGGAUAUGCAUGUAAUGGCUUUUGACAGGAAACACUUUACCUUUGAUGUGUAACUUUUCAAUAUGAAUUUGAAUAAAUUAGACUCAAAUACAAAUA